AUGAUCGAUCCCCUCCCAACGACCCUCCGAUCCUUCAUCGCGCAUCGUCGCCCUAUCUUCUGGUCCCCCAGUCUCUCUCUGGCUCUCGAGCCGUCGUCCAUGCUAGACCUUCCGAGGGCCAAUCACUCCCGCAGCUUCGAGGCUGAAUUCGGACCCUCUUCCGUCAGUCACCAGAGUCUUUUUGUUAUCGAGCAGGUUUGCUUGUCAUCUGUCGGCGGGGGAGAGCGACAUCCACCAGCCACUCCUGCCAUCUAUCAAACCCAUCACGGCCGUUACGUCUUGUCUCUCGUCGCAAACAGCCUCGACGCCACCCACCAGAGCCUCAACUCAAAGAAAGACCUCAGGAGUCUUUGGUACCGAUACCUACGUCGCAUCAUAGCUCUUUUCUACCAUGUCGCCAGCAACGCCAUGCACGACAUCUGGCGAGCCUUUCAGAGACUCCGCACCUACUUGGACUUAACGCCGUCAAAUAUUGACAGCAGCACCCUGUGCAACCUUUCUCGCUUGCAUGCAACCGGGCUCGAGCGUCGUCUUCAACACUGGCUACACGACUCGCUUUGUCGUCAGAGCGCAAAUUCCUGGCAGAUAAUUGGCGCAUUGCAUAGCCAGGGCAACACGACGAACGAUUUCGAGGCCGACCUGGCAGCCGCGCUACUUCUGUUACCUAUGAGUGUCCUCAUUGCAGCCACAAUGACCCCAGGGUGCUGCAUCGAGCCAAUAAACCAGCACUAUGAGGGCUUUCCUGUAUCAUUACAAAGUACGGAUGUCAAGGCCGAGUGGACGAUUCUUUGUUGUCUCCAACAUGGCAACCCCAAGUUGACCCAGAGAAAAUCCACCGGGAUGCCACCCUGGCAUCGGAAGCGUCCCAUUUCUAUCAACGUCCCAACACGCAAUUUACCCUCCGGCGCUGCUUUUCCCCGACUGGAUUUUAAGAAUUGGGCCCUCGGCAGCUCACGAACUUUCCUCCUAGUUGACAGCCCAGCCACCAAUGGCUUGAAUUUCUUGACGAGACGAGACUACGGCCGCGAAACGUCCCGGCCCCAGGUCAGAGAUCCUUGCUCAGAGGAGUCCCUGGAUUUAGUCCUAUGUCGGAACGGGCACAGCCAACCGCUCUUAUCGGCCCGUGACACCAGCGACCUUGAGCCACGAAGCCAUAUUCAUGUUGUGAGUGCGGGUCUAGGGAGGACUUCCAAACGCAAGGGGCAGGCCAGCUUGACCAGCGUCUUGCGCAAGGGGGAUUCCUUGAUGCCAAUGCCCGAGCUCGUCUUCAACAGGGACCUGCCUACCUUUGUCGGAGCCGCUCUUCGGUCGCGACUCGACAGCCCGUGCCUACCGCAACCUCAUUUGGGUCGUCGCCUCACUCCUACCGUCAAGCCCGCUUUCGAGACUCAAGUCAUCGUCGACCACACAAUGGGCAGUUCUUUUGGCAUACCUUCACCCAAUCCCGACUCUGACCUCUCAUCAAUGGACGAUUUUCCGAUGGAUAUUCAUCAGCAGCUUUACCGUUUCCGGGAUUUUCAUUCGAUCACAGGGCAGACCCGCUCCAGUACGGAAACAUCGCACUGGUGA